AUGGCCACCGUAGUGUAUUAUUUUUUUUUUUAAUAAAGUUUUUUUAAAUAAUAAAGCACGAUGGUGAUUCAGCACAAGGUUCUCUUGAAAGCUGAAGAAAUUGCCGAUCAGGUAAUUCGCAAUGGCAAACAUGUUUUGCCAACAAUGGCAAGAGUUUGUUUAAUAGCAACAUUUUUGGAAGAUGGUUUACGUAUGUGGUUUCAAUGGAAUGAACAACGUGAAUAUAUGAAUAUGUCAUGGGGUUGUGGAACAGUUUUAGCAACAACAUUUGUAUUGAUAAAUUUAUUUGGUCAACUUGGUGGUUGUGUUAUGGUUAUUGGACGUUUUAAAGUACCAUAUGCAUGUGGUAUACUAUUUUUUAUAGUUGUAUUACAAACAUUUGCAUACAGUAUAUUAUGGGAUAUGCAAUUUUUAUUUCGUAACUUAGCACUUAUUGGUGCAUUAUUAUUAGUACUUGCUGAAUCACGUGUUGAAGGAAGAUCAUUAUUUGCUGGUGUACCAACACUUGGUGAUAAUAAACCAAAAAAUUAUUUACAACUUGCUGGUAGAGUAUUACUUGCAUUUAUGUUUAUAACAUUGAUAAGAUUUGAAAUAUCAUUUUUACAAAUAUUACAAGAUAUACUUGGUAGUAUACUUAUGGUACUUGUUACUAUUGGAUAUAAAACAAAAUUAAGUGCAUUGUUACUUGUAUUAUUGUUGAGUGCAUUAAAUAUUUAUCACAAUGCAUGGUGGAGUAUUCCUGAUCACAAACCACUAAGAGAUUUUCUCAAAUAUGACUUUUUCCAGACACUCUCUGUUAUUGGUGGAUUAUUGAUGAUUGUUUCACUUGGUCCUGGUGGAGUAUCGAUGGAUGAACACAAGAAAAAAUGGUAGAAAAUAAUAAAGCAUACAUUUUUUUUUUCUAAAUUCUAUCGAACAAUUUUCUACUUCAUCAAUAUGUUGUUUUAAAUAUAUAUCUCCAUUAUUGUGCUUCCGGAUUUUUUUUAAAAAACU